AUGACUACUGCUGCUCGUCCCACAUUUGAUCCCGCCAGAGGCAACGAUAGUAAAGCACCUAGUUUUCAAUACAGUGCUCGUGAUAUUGCUUCACAUACAAAGCUUAAGUUCAGACAACCUGGACAAGGCACUGUUGAUGAAAUUGGGGACAGAGAGCAAUUACUAGAGGAAUUAAGAAGAGCAGAGCAAGAAUACUACGAGGAGAAAGAAGGAGGAGCAUCAACAACUCGUUUAAUAAAACAGGAUGAAGAACAACAACCGAACGAAGAAAAGCAAAGAUUAAUGGCAGAAGCAGAGAGACUAGCAAAACUGGAUAAAGAUGACAGCGAUCAAGAGAGUGACAGUGAUGAGAGUAGUAGCAGUGAUGAUGAUGACGACGAUGACGACGAUGACGAUAAUGCAGCAGAGUUAUUAGCAACGUUACAACGGAUCCGUAAAGAGCGUGCUGAGGAAAAGGAGCGCCAAGAGCGCGAAGCAAAAGAGGAGGAAGAAGCUGAAAAAGAACAGGAAGCAAUGGAGGGCAAUCCAUUGUUGAACAUUGGAUCUGAAAAGCGUGACUUUAGCGUCAAGAGAAGAUGGGAUGACGAUGUUAUUUUCAAGAAUCAAGCCAGAGGCGUUGACGAUAAGCCCAAAAAGAGAUUUGUCAAUGACAUGCUGCGUUCUGAUUUCCAUAGAAGAUUCCUUCACAAAUACAUUCAAUAA